CCCGCAAAUGACGCAUACAGCGUCGCGACCUAAAAGUAAACGAUAUAGCCAGCAAAGAGAAAAGGAAAUUAUUCCGCAAAGGUCGUAGAUAUGGCGCGUUCGUGUCUUUCGCACACGUUAUUGCCGCGCUCAAGAAAUUAAAGCAAUUCUCACGCGCCGCCGUGCUGCCUAAAUUUUACGCCAUGCGCAUUUCAAAUGCAAUACAAAAGCCAAAAUCCUAAGACUAUUAAUUUCAAUUCUCCUGUUACUGGUUUCAUCUUAAAGCAUUAAACAAUGGAGGUGGAAGAGAGCUCUCAAUCGCCAAAGCAAUCACAACCGUGGCCUAUUGAGGCAACGCCGCUAGAUCGGCGAUUCUCCGCUCUAGGAGACCUGCGAAUUAUUCCUGAUGAAAUUCUCUGCGCCAUUCUGACUUAUCUAUCUCCCCGAGACGUAGCUCGCGUUGCUUGUGUUAGCAGCGUAUUGUACAUAUUUUGCAAUGAGGAGCCCCUCUGGUUGAGCCUAUGUCUUAACAAUCUACAGCAUCCGCUGCAGUACAAAGGUUCCUGGAAGAAAACAACAAUGCAUCAGAUGGACUUGCCAAUUGAAAGUGAUAUACUCUGCCAGAAACCACUGCGCUUUGAUGGAUUCAAUUCUCUCUUUCUGUAUAGGAGACUAUACCGGUGCUAUACUACACUGAAUGGUUUUGCUUUUGAUAAUGGAAAUGUGGAAAGGUCUAAAAACCUCUCUUUGGAAGAGUUUCAUGAUAAGUAUGACGGACAAAAACCGGUUUUGAUUGCUGGAUUAGCUGAUUCUUGGCCUGCUAGUAAUACAUGGACAACAGAGCAAUUAGUAUUGAAGUAUGGAGAUACGACAUUUAAAAUAUCUCAAAGGAGUCCUCGUAAAAUAACUAUGAAACUUAAAGAUUAUGUGUCUUACACGCAACUUCAGCGUGAUGAGGAUCCUCUAUAUAUUUUUGAUGAGAAGUUUGGGGAAGUUGCUCCUGGACUACUUGAGGAUUAUAGUGUUCCACACCUUUUCCAAGAAGAUUUUUUUGAUGUGUUGGAUAGGGAACAACGCCCCCCUUAUAGAUGGCUGAUUAUUGGACCAGAGAGGUCUGGUGCAUCUUGGCAUGUUGAUCCUGCUCUUACUAGUGCAUGGAAUACUCUCCUAUGUGGGCGUAAAAGGUGGGCAUUGUAUCCUCCUGGAAGGGUACCUGCAGGAGUGACUGUGCAUGUGAAUGAAGAAGAUGGUGAUGUCAAUAUUGACACUCCAUCAUCUUUGCAGUGGUGGCUGGACUUUUAUCCCCUUCUUGCUGAUGAGGACAAGCCAAUAGAAUGUACACAACACCCUGGAGAAACAAUAUUUGUACCAAGUGGAUGGUGGCAUUGUGUGUUAAAUUUGGAGACCACUAUUGCUGUUACACAGAAUUUUGUGAAUUCAAAAAAUUUUGAAUUUGUAUGCCUGGAUAUGGCUCCUGGUUACAGACACAAAGGAGUCUGCCGUGCUGGAUUGCUUGCCUUGGAUGAAGAUGUCAUUGAGGAUGUUAGAAUGAAUAUACAGAGUGUGGAAAAUGAUUUUAGCUACUCAGACUUGUCUAGGAAAGAGAAGAGGACUAAAGUUCCCCAACACAUCGAGGAUUCAGACUGUGAAACUGCUAGAAAUGUUGAUCCUGAAUUUAAUGACACUAGCAAUCUGGAAUUUUCUUAUGAUAUAAACUUCCUAGCCAUGUUCUUGGAUAAAGAAAGGGAUCACUACAAUUCUUUAUGGAGCUUAAGUAACUGUAUUGGGCAACGAGAAAUGAGGGAAUGGUUGUCACGGCUUUGGCAUAGAAGACCAGUGCUUAGGGACCUAAUUUGGAAGGGAGCCUGUAUUGCUUUGAAUUCUAGCAUAUGGUUUGAAUGUAUGGAGGAAAUUUGUGCCUAUCAUGAGUUACCGUUACCUACAGAAGAUGAGAGGCUGCCUGUUGGGACAGGGAGCAAUCCCGUUUAUCUUGUUUCCAACAAUGUCAUAAAGAUAUUGGUUGAAGGAGGGUUAGAAGCUUCACUUCAUUCUUUAGGGACUGAGCUCGAGUUUUACAGUACUCUUCAGAAAGUCGACUCCCCUUUGAAAGAGCAUAUUCCUGAUGUUUUGGCCAGUGGGAUUCUCUAUAUUGAAAAUGGAUUGUGUAGAAUUGUGCCUUGGGAUGGAAAAGACGUUCCUGAGGUGAUUUCUAACUCUGUUCCACUUCUUGGUAAACAUCAACUGGGGGAUUAUCCAUAUGGCAUAUGGAGCAAAGGACAAUUUGAAUAUAAAAAGGCAGGAAUGUCUGCACAUGAACUGGAGACUAGUAACAAUUUGAAAGUAUGGCCAUAUGUUGUGACUCGAAGAUGCAGAGGAAAAAUAUUUGCAGAUCUAAGAGAAACUCUAUCAUGGGAAGAGACUCUGAGCUUGGCCUCCUUCCUGGGAGAACAACUGAGGAAUCUUCAUCUUGUGCCAUAUCCAUCUUUGAAUUUUUCAGCAUUGUUAGGAAGUGACGAGGAAACAGUGCUGCCCCAGUCUAAUGGUUGUGUAGGGCUUCUUGGGAAUGAUAGUAUUCCAGUGGAGUGGGAUUUGUUCAUACAAACACUGAACAAGAAGAAGGAAGAUGUUUCUAACCGCUUGAUGAAAUGGGGUGAUCCAAUUCCUGUUGCUCUGAUUGAGAAAGUCAGUGAAUACCUCCCUGACAACCUAGCAAAGCUCCUUUUUGUGUCUGAGGAUACCGUGGGAGUUGACAAGUCUUGCACCUGGAUACACUCAGAUAUAAUGGAUGACAAUAUCCACAUGGAACUAUCUUGCCUUACCUCUUGCUCAGCAGAGAAUAGUAACUCGACUAACGGUGAUCACAGUGAGCAGAAAAGUUCAUGGUUUGCAACCCACAUACUUGACUUCAGCAAUUUGUCUAUAGGUGACCCCCUCUUAGAUCUGAUUCCAAUAUAUCUGGAUAUGUUCAGAGGAGAUUCACGUUUAUUGAAGCAUUUUCUUGAAAGCUAUAAACUCCCAUUAUUAGGGCGACAAAAUCUGAAUGGAGUAGCAUCAGAUAACAGCAAAUGUGCACGACUGUCUUAUCAAGCUAUGUGCUACUGUAUUCUACAUGAUGAUAAUGUUUUGGGAGCUAUUUUCAGCAUCUGGAAGGAACUUAAGAAAGCAAAAUCAUGGGAAGAAGUGGAGGAAACUGUAUGGGGAGAUCUCAACAGUUACAAGGGCUCCUAUUAGCCAUCUUUGCCAUUUAGCCUUGGGGUAUAUACACUGUUCAUUAUUUUUGUUAACUCCUUUUAACAUUUGCCAUUUAGCCUUGGGGUAUAUACACUCUUCAUUAUUUUUGUUAACUCCUUUUAACAUUUACUUGUACGUAGACAUGGCAUACAUUUUGUCAAUAUGUAUGGCAACUAUGAUGACAAAUCUUUAUUUUUAAUAAAUAAAGGAACAAUUAUGAGCCAUGUA